CGGCUGGUCAACGCUGCGCUCACGUCCGCCUCACCGGAGUUGCCACGGCUAGCAGGAGAGGGAUAGGCGUGGGUCAGCUUUGCCUGCGAGGAGAGCAGCCGCAUGCUAUCCGUGCCCGUUGACGACCUCAAAAGACCUGACAAUGUCGGCUUCCAUUGAAGACUGUUGGAAGGUGCUACUCAACGAGUCGCCCAAUCCGCCCCGUCAGUUCGGGAGAGCCUCGCCAUGGGAGCGAAAAGUUCCCCCGAUGCAUGAGCGAUGCCGUGGAACCGUGGAGGAAGCGUUGCUUCGCUCAGAAAGGUGUUGGGCAUGUGAACGAACGAUGGCUGCAAGCGUCGCUCCGCCGGAGAUCACGCCCGACGCUGACGAGAGUGCCGGCACCGUCGACAAUGCUUCCCGACCGCGUACGCUGAGGACCGUCGGCGGCUACGUGAUCUAUCCCGUGCUCGUGGUUUUUUGGCUGCUACGAUGGUUUCUCACGAGCGUGUUCACUGUGUUGGUGUUCGUUUUCCGCGGCGGCCGCAGCCAGGACGUCGUCGGUCGACCCUACGGCCAUCUGUCGGCGUCGGCCGGCACCUUCGACGCAAUGGCGGCGUCCAGUGCGGAGCCCGACGCAAACUUGCUCAUUUGUCAGAAACAGCACCACAAGCGGGCCUUUGACUUCCUCUCCAAGGCUCUCAAAUACGACGAGGAGAAUGACGAUCUCAAAGAGCUGGCCAUCGACCUCUACCGCAAGGGUAUUGAGGAACUGCAGAAAGGAAUAGCCAUUGACUUCUCCCAAGGAAAAGGUCCAUCCUGGGAGAGGGCACACAGGCUAACGGACAAGAUGAGGGUCAACCUCGAUAUGGCGAAGGACAGGCUCGACUUUCUAGAGAGCAUGGUCAAGAUUGAGCACCUUGGAGAUGAGCUGCCCUGGCAUGCGGGCGUGGCCCGGCGCCAGGCCAACCAGAAGCGGCGAGCAUGGCAGAAGGUGGCUCCCGGCCAGGAUUCAGCCACGAAUCAGGACGGCCCCUCAUGGCUAAAAAUGGCUGAGAACGGUGGUACCAACGGCCAGCCGGGUGACAGGCACAGGCGCUGCAUGUCACCACCGCUGUCACCCAAUACGCGAUCUGGUGUCACGCUGAGGAACCAGCCAGCAACAACAUCGCGGCCAGGAGUGGUAACUCAGGCAGUUGCUCCAAGGGCCCAGACGCUGCCUCGCAACACGACGACGGGGGGUGCCCGGAUGACGGCCAAGUCUCCGUCACGGCUUGCUCGCCCUGGUGCCAAUGAUCCGGCAUCAACGCCAACGCCAACAGCAGCCAGGCGGCGGCUAAACCAGCAACAGCCAAAUACCCAGCAGCCCAGGGGUCGACAGCAGCCUUCCGGGGUGUCGCGACCUGGCGCCAGAGGCUCCUUCCGUGGUGGAGAAGGGAGGCGAGUGUCAACGCUCAAGGGUGUUGACUCUCGGCUGGCGCACAUGAUCCUGGACGAAAUUGUUGAUGGCGGCCCCGAGGUGCUGUUCAGUGACAUUGCUGGCCAGGAAGUGGCCAAGCAGGCGCUCAGUGAGAUGGUGAUACUGCCUACAGAUCGGCCAGAGCUGUUCACAGGUCUGAGGGCACCACCCAAGGGCCUGUUGCUCUUUGGGCCCCCGGGCAAUGGCAAGACCAUGCUGGCCAAGGCAGUGGCCCACGAGUCCCACUCCACGUUCCUCAACAUAAGUGCAGCUUCGCUCACUUCCAAAUACGUUGGCGAAGGUGAGAAGCUGGUGCGAGCCCUGUUUGCAGUGGCACGAGAACUGCAACCUAGCAUAAUCUUCAUUGAUGAAGUUGACUCUUUGCUCAGCGAGAGGAAGGACAAUGAGCAUGAGGCAACGCGGAGGCUCAAGACUGAAUUCCUUGUUGAGUUUGAUGGGCUCCACACUGGUAGCGAAGAGCGGAUUCUUGUGAUGGGGGCCACCAACCGGCCUCAAGAAUUGGAUGAUGCAGCACUUAGGCGUUUUACGAAGCGGGUGUAUGUCACCCUACCGGACGAGAACACGCGGGUCAUACUCCUAGAAAAGCUGCUCAGGAAACAAAACAGCCCGCUGUCUCUAGACAAGCUCAAGUACCUGGCCAGGGUGACCAGUGGCUACUCUGGAAGUGACCUGACGGCACUAGCCAAAGAUGCUGCAUUAGGUCCAAUCAGAGAGCUCAAUCCUGAGCAAGUCAGAUGUGUCGACCCCAAAAAGAUGCGGAACAUCACCCUCGAGGAUUUCAUGACAUCGCUCAAGAAGGUUCGCUGCAGCGUCUCCUCACAGAGUCUGGAGUUCUAUGAGCGAUGGAACCAAGAGUUUGGAGACAUCACCGUCUGACGACGACGCUGCGCCUUUUCGAGGCCACUGUCAUCGCUGCCAUCAUGUUUAUGUUUACUUGUUUGCACUGACGCAAAGGGCUCUGUACAUAGCAGCACAACGUCGCUGACCUGCUCAUGCAUGAUAGGCUUACUUUCUUUUUGAACUCUUUGCACCAUUUCUGCAGCAGGACCUCUGUGAAUGAAAUUUUGCCCUGAAAGAGAUUGUUGGGUGGAAGUUCAGUUUUAUCGCUCUUCUGGUGCAACAAUUGGUAUUGGCAUGUAGGACAACUUGCAUGCCUGCGAGGGCAUUAAGAAAUGUGCUUGUGGUGAGAACAUACUUAUGCUGUUCAAAAUUACCACAACAGCUUUUGCGAAAGCAUGAAGUCUUGCUGGCAUGCUCAGUUCCAAGUGUAGGUUUUGCGUCCGUGAUGUCAGAGCUAAAUUAACUUCCGUGCCCUCAUGACUUGUUUGAAGGUCCUCUCAUUGAUUUGUCACUUCUAAUUCAUUAUUUGGAGGUUUUGCUACAGAGGUGCAUUGUCACUGUACAUAAUAUCAACGGGCCAUAUGAACUUUGCACGUGCGGACAAUCUUUCAGUGGGCAGACAGUGUUUACAGUGUCGCAUGAUGUUCAUGCGGCUUUUCUGAGAGAGCGCUUUCUCUGUUUCAAGAGAAAUCAGCUGUAAUACAUGUGCAAGGUACGAGUGUGAAAUCGUGUUUUACUGCUUUUAAUUUGUGCACUUGCAGUGGCUGUCCAGUUCGGAAAGCUUGUUUUGUGUGCUUGAACUAGGAAGACGUUUUAGCAUAGAUCUCGUUAGAUUUCUUGACUUAUCGUCACUUUCAGAAAUGCAUCUUAGCUUCAAGCUCAUGCUUGACUUGAUAUGCAUAAUGCCUGGUGCGAACGCAACCAAGACACUCAUUGCAUUUUCUUUGGUGUGUUCAUGACAGGCGUCAUUUAAAAUCAAGUCAAGCAUGGGCUUCAAGUGAAGAUACAUUUCUGAAUACGGGGGUUAGUUUGUGGAACUGCUUUAAUGAAGGGAACACAUGAAUUGGUGUACAGCUGGUUCGCUGUUAAGAUAUGAUUGAGGUGCGAGAUGAGUGCGAUAUAGUUAAUGCAUCCUUUGUAGUUCUUAAUAUUGUCAAGCAUAUCCAAGGCUUGUAACUUGAAAAAGCACCUCUAACUUCUCUGAGCAUGUUUCUGUAUUCUCAGUGAUGCACGGGAGCACUCUUGUAGACGUCUUCGAAAGUGGGAAAGAAAGAACUCUGGUCUGAGGCUGUUCUCCAGCAUUACUUAGUAAUAUAAGCAUAAUCUUUCUUGAUUUUCAAUAUGCCCACCUUUUAGAGUUAAGAGAUUCAGUUUAGAAGAUAUGUGAAUUUUGUCAGGCUGAGUUCUCUUAUCACAAAUGCAAACACACUGUAUCUAAUUUUGACUGACAUGGAUAUUAUGAGUAAAAAAAAAUUUUGAAAAUUAGGCAUUAGCAUUUGGCAACUACUUCUGCUGCUCUUUCAUAAUAUGCAAAUGUGAGCUUACAUAGAUUGUAGAGUUCUUGCGUGAGGUUUGGUGAGGCAGGUUAGUUUCAGCCAUGUAGUAGUUUGCAUUGCGAUUUCUUAGGUGGCGUUUCUCUUAUACACGCUUGACAAAAUUUUGUACCUUUUUGGGCUUAUCUUGUCGCUAAAGAAUAAUUGCCAUCUAUCUUGCAUGCCUUUUAUUUCUUCAAUUCUACACGCCCAGUAAUUCCAGGCCACAAGGGCAUGUAUAUAACCAGCGUGACAUUUUGAAUUUGACUUCUGAUGCAACUGCCUUUAAUGUGCAUGUGCCUGUUCAUUUUGCUUGGUAUGCGCAUGCGUGACAAGAGGAUAUAUAUGUACGAUUCUAUCCUUCGAUUUAACAGUUGUGGCAUGGCAUUCUUGACAGUGUGGAAUGGCAGCAGGAAAAUUGUGAGCACAUGGUUUACAAGAAAUGGAAGCAAGACAGAUGACUAUUGUUUGGGGACAAGAUACAACCCCAAAAGGGGUAAACUUCCUUGUAGUGAAUAUGCAUAGAAGUUGCUGGUUGACUUCUGGACAGGCUUUUUGAAUGGACCUCUCGUAGCCCCUUCAGUGCCGAAAGCAAACAAUGUGCUCUGGCAACAGUGGUAAUAACCAUUGAUUCAGGAUGCAUAUCUAGCGUGCUUGCAAGGUAAAUGUUUCUUAGUGCCAAGGAAAUGUAUCUGCAUGCAUUCACUGGGACUGCAUGUGCCCUUAUGCAACACUAAUUUGAUAACUAUUCUGCAUAAGUCUUAGUGUCCAUGGGUGAUGCUUGCUUUUCUGCUUGCUGUAGCAGAACAUGAAAGCUCUUUCUCGGUGACCUCAAUGCAGCAUUGUUUAGCCACUUGCUAUUGCGAACAUAACCUUGCAGGAGAUUUGCUUCAGUCACUAGAGAGUGGCAGCAUCAACAAUUGUCCUUAAGAGUGAAGUGAAGAGUGAAUAAGAGUGAAGUGAGCUGUGAUUUCUUGUUACCAAUGUGAAAGUCUGUGCUGUCUUUUAGGGUCUUUGUGUUUCUUGUUGCACUGGUGCUAUGUUCUUCCUCCUAGAAACACUUCAGAUAUUUUGCACUGAGGAGUAUUUUUCAUGUGGCUGCGGCAGACUGCAACAGAAGCCAGUGUCAAAUGAUAGUAACCUUUGAACUUGUCUGGCAAUAUUGACAACUCUCCUGGAGGUACGGUGCUGCCUAGUUAAUGCUAGUAUUCUCACUCGAGAGACGUUUCAGCAGCUUUACUAGGUCAUGAGCCUCAUUAUAGGGCAUGCAAAAACUCGUAGUCUUCACCUCGCCACAGGUACUGUUCUUUUCCAAAAGUGGUGUUUUCUCUUUGCGAAUUCUCAUUGUAUGUGCAGUAGCAGUGGCUCGGACUCUUUGGCUGUAGCGUGCAAGACAUUACGUAAAUCUAGAGAAAAAUGCUAUGUUCUUUCUUCAAAUGAGUGCGACUGCCAGAGUUAUGCCCUGCUACUGUUCAUGCUUAUCUGUGGUUGCACCAUGCAUUAUGUAGCUGUACACUGCACUGGUAUAUGACACAGAACAUUCUGUAUGAUGUAGAGCUGAAUUUUGCAUAGUCACUUGUGCUGAGCUUCAAAAUCCAAAACUGCUUUAACAGGGAAAAAAAAGAUAAACAGGUGUACUGAGCACGAGCCAAGCGGGUUUCUGGCAUGAGUAUGCUUGAGCAGCAGUCGUCACUUGAAUGCUAGUUAGUUAACCCUUGUGAUAUUGAAUCGUACUGUACAUAGCUUACGCCACAUCGCUCGCCACUUUCGCGCUGUACAUAACCCUCGCACAAAAACACAUUCGACUCUUUUCGGGCACUUCGCUUUCUACGCUCGUGCCGUUCGAAUUUGCUUAGCUGCAAACGAAGCGUGCACUUGAAGCGGAUGCGUGUUCCAGGCGUGGCGUCAGCUCUGCUCCUCAUCGCACGAUGCGAAGCGAGUGCGACGCAUGCGCGGCCGAGAUUGGGUAUAGUUGAAGCGAGAGCCACAGGAGGGCAUUUGUGUUGAUAAACCUAUGCACGUGACAUUGUCACAGUCAUUGCAGUGCUUGUAUUUCUUGCCUGUGUGUGUGUAUAUAGUUCGCCAUUUCCUCGGGAAUGUUGUUGUUCUGCUGGACCAGAAUUGUUCAUGCUGCUUUAUACAAACCUGCUUUGUAAGAAAAAAAAAUCUUCCCACAUUUUUUUUUUUGCCUGUUAAGUUUCCAGCUAGGUCGCGAAAGGAAUGUUUUUAAAAUAAAUGGCUUUUACUGUA